UCCAAUCCCGUCGCGCGGGCCGCAGCGGCGGCGAUGUCGGGGAGCGGCGCCUGCCAGCGGGCGCGGGAGCGGCUGCGGCGGUUCCCGGCGCUGCUGGCGGUGUGCGCGGAGCAGGCGGCGGCGUACGGGCGGUGCGUGGCGGCGGCGGCGGGAGCGGCGGGGCCGCGGCGGGAUGUGUGCGGAGAGCAGUUCCGGGCGCUGAGGGAGUGUAUGGCCCGAGCGGCGAAAGCAGCGCAAAGCUGACCCGAGCACCGGCCGGGAUCAGGAAGAGACGGCAAAACAGCUUCCAUCCCAUUUUCCAGGUCCAGAUGUGCUCAGCAGCAGGAUUCCAGCUCGAGGUGCCAAGCUCUGCAGAGGCUCCCGUGGAGGCCCCACGGACACUGGCCCAAGGGUCACUUGGUGCAGGGCAUUCAGGAAGGCAGCUGCAUCCCCGCCACCAGCUUCGGUGUGUGCUGGCAGUAGCUCUGCUGCAGCCGCUUGAUCCCUUGAAUGUCAAAUGAGGUGUUUUCCUCUCCAAGCCAUGUGCCAGUGGCAGGAGGACAACAGCCUCCCCUCUUCUUCCUCUCCUCCUCUUCCCCAGCAGCAGGGAGGAAGCACAAAAGCCCAUUUUCCUUCAGCAAUGUUAUUCCCUGCAGGCACAGAGCUGGCAGACACCGCUGCCGCCUGGGGAACCCCAGCCCAGGGGCUGAGUGAGGCUUACGGAUCUGAUUUUGAAUAAAA